AUGCACGACCUUCGAGGGUUUUCAGGCGCAGGCAACAUUCCCAGUGGGGGUCAGGCCUUCAGUGAGUGUCUUGCUUGGAGAUGGAUUGGGGAGCUUUCAGCCACAGGCCUCAUUCCCGUGGGGACCAUUCCGUUUGGUGUCGCAGUGGGCGAUUUCAACGAAGAUGACUAUCUCGAUAUCGUGACUGCAGAUGUUGGCGACAACACAGUGAGCAUCUUGCUUGGAGAUGGACUGGGGAGCUUCCAGCCGCAGGCCACAUUCCCCGUGGGGACCAGUUCGUAUAGUGUCGCAGUGGGCGAUUUCAACGGAGAUGACUAUCUCGAUAUCGUGACUGCGAAUCUCAACGACAACACAGUGAGUGUCUUGCUUGGGAAGCCUUGCGAUCCUUAA